GGUGUUUGGUGUUAGUAAGACGAGUAGCUGGUCCGAGGAGAAAAUACGUAGCGAACAAGUAUUUUUCACUCCGAUUUUCCUUGAACUACUCACAUUUAUUGGUUUAAAGUUCUCUUAGCCCUGCAUCGGCUUUGAUAGUCUUAUUUGCCAAUUAUUAAAGUUUAAAUCUGGAAACAAGCCAUGGGUGCCGAGGAAUCGCACAUGUCUCUGCAACCAGUCUCCCACGAUUUUGGCUACCUAGCUGUUGUCUUUAAGAUUCCUGACCAAAUAAGAGUAAUUCAUGGCAGCGAAGCUGAGUAUUCAAUAAUAGGACAUGCCAUCUCCGACACUUGGAAAGAGGGGAUUCAGUCAACAAAACGAAAAUGCGCUGGAAGCGUACUGUGCUUUAAACUGAAGGGCCUUCCUUUUGAAACUGGAUGUCUUUCGAUGAAUAUUCGUGAAGUUGCUUGUCGGAUACUGCGAUGUCUAAAUAACAUUGGCUGUCAAUACAUAGCAUCAACCAAUUUAACUCAGGGUAGAGAGUGGUUCACCUUUAUCUUUGUCCGCACAAAUACGCAUCAACGUAAAAUAGGAGAGUUGGCUUACGUUGCCAUGAGCAGUACGGAUAAACUUCAUUUCUGGAACCUGCAGCCAAACACACGAGAUGAGAUUUCUCAAGCUUUACAUUCAGAGUAUCACCCAGGCUUUUAUCACAAAGAAAUUACUGAUGGUGGCAAAAGUUACGAAGCUAUGUUGAAAGGUUCACCAUGGGGUUCGACCACUUCUUGUCAUGGCCAGGCUAGAGGCUUCUUGAUCAAAAUAAUUUUCAUCAUGAUGAAAAGGUACAGCUUUCUUUGUGCCAUGAACUUAAAACGAACUGAAGACACCUUUGUUUUCUUUCCAAAGAGUAUCAUUUCCAACACAGUAUCCGCAGAAAUCUUCAUCAUUAGCUUACGGAAGACUAGCAAAUUGCAAGUGUUUCAAGCGCCGGAAUGUCUGAUUCCCAUAAUCCAUAAAGUCCUUGUAGAUUCAUUUGGGACGAGGAGUCACAAUAUAGAAAAGAAAAUUGACCACCGCUUUGGAAAAGUGGAAUUCAAGUACAAAUCUCACGCUGCAAAAGACCAACUUUCACAGUGCACCAUGACAAAAUUUAUCGUUUGCAAGUUGUUAGAAGUCCUAAAAAGUCAUGGCUGGAGUAUCGUCACAGGGUUUGACAUGUCAAGAGGACUUGCCAACAAAAGCGAACUUCUUUUCCAGAAAAGCAAUCCGCAUCCUGACUGCAAAGUAUUCUGUCUGACUCCUGUCUGUCAUAGCAAGCUUUGGGCCAUCAAUGCACCUCCAAGAAUUAUCGAGGCGUGCCGUAAGGUGAUCUCCAGGCAUUUAUCACUAAUAACAGAAACGCAAUACGAGUACCCAGCAACGUGUGUUGGCUUUGAAUUGGGCGACCAACCUUGGAGUGAUUCAGGUGAUAGUGCUCACUUUACUCACAGUAUGAUUUGCCAUUUGUUGGAUAAAUUCUCCCACAAAGGCUUCAAAAUCAAACUGACAGCGGACGUUAUACCCGAAUGCAUUGAAUAUGACGAGGGCUCCAGCACUCCCCACGAUCCCAAUGCUUGGUGGUUUAUGCACGAGCCACAAAUGGGGAUGCCAGGUGUUUCAGAGUGGAAAUCAGAAGAGGUACCUCUGUCGCAGAGUUCUUUCGAAAAGCCUAGUGAACCCCUUACUCCCACUGCGCCCGCUCAGUCUUAUGAAGCCCCACCUCCAAGCUACGAAACGGUCUUGAGGGAAAAUGAACAGAAACCUUACUAACUUCUUUGACUUUGUCAACAAAAUGAAUUUCUUUGUUUGUACAGUGUCGCUCGGCUAGUACUUGAAGAAGUAGUAGAAGAAGUACUGCUUAGUACUUGAAGAAGUUUUUUUUAUAUUUUAUUCCUUUAGUACUUGAAGAAGAACUAGAAGAAGUACUGCUUAGUAACUUGAAGAAGUUAUUGUUAUUAUUUUACUUGAAGAAUUUUUUAAUUUUUUAAUUCCUUUAGUACUUGAAGAAGUUUUCUUUUAUUCCCUUUCCUCAAUAGGCAACGAUCGAUAUCUUAAAAUUCAGGCUUUAUGGUACUUCAUGUAUGGUAUACAAUAAGCACGUAGAUUACCAAAUAUAUUUAUUGGUAGCUGGAAUAAAAAAAGUACCGUAA